UCUCUGUAGUGAUCAGCCAAUCACAGGAAGCCAGUCUGCCCCUGCAGGCACCCGCUUGCCAUAGGAGACGGUCUGGCAUGGAAGAGGAUGCGGAGACUCGGGGCAGAGCGGGACCUGGCGGCAGGCUGGAUAUGAGCCAUGGCUUUGUACACCAUAUCCGGAGAAACCAGAUAGCCAGAGAUGAUUAUGACAAGGAAGUGAAACAAGCCCAGCAGAAGCAAAAGAAAAGAUAUGUUCCAGGACCUUCUCGACCUAAGAAGCCUGACUUACAGGUCUACCAUCCUCGCCCUCGAGGAGAAUCCCAACCGGUUUGUGGUCUAGAAGAUGAUGGAUCUAGUGAUGGUGAUAAUGGUACAGAUAAUGAGCAUGCCCGAGCGGAACUCUUCUGCUUGGAGUUUGAGGCAGAUGGAGGAAAGAUCACAUCCAUUAUUGUAUAUGAGGAUGAUGAUGCAGAGCAAGUGGCAACCAAAAUCUCUAAUCAGAAUCAUUUGGAGAACAGAAUGAAGGAGGCCCUUAGACAACGUAUCCAAGAGGAGAUUUCCAAGAGAAGAGUGCAACGCUGAAGGCAUGUGCCCCCAUUUGAUGGCAUGUACAAUAUGUACCUGUGGCACACUGUGCUGGCCAGUAUUGGUCCCAGUCCCAGAAGACAAACUAGGAAACGGGGAAAAAGAAUUGUUGUGUGGCCAGGAGGCUGUAGAGGCUAGGACACUGGUUUUGAUUUCACACCAAAGUUACUACCAAACUGAGAGCUCUUGUAGACUGUUGCAUAUUCAGUAUCUACACGCUUCAGAAAUUGUGUGCCUUUUACUGCCAGAGUCUCUAUAAAUCUACAGUGAUUGUGAGCAGACAGUAUUUUGGAUUGAAAUCAGUGGAAUUUGUGUUUUGUAUGCAAAUAUGUUAGAGUGUAAAAAUAGGCAUUGUAUAAGUUUCUUACUAAUUUGUAAAAGAGAACUCUAUAAUGCAUAACAUGUUAGUGCCUUUUUCUUUUCUUUUAAGAUGCACAUAAUUGUAUCUAUUGUUUGUGUUAUAGGAACAGCUAACUAAUCUAUAGUUUCGGAAAUGUAGUAGGGAGUAAAGUAAACCCAAUGUAUGUGCCUGGCUCUGCAAUAUAGAAAUUAUUGUGACGCGCUCUAUAUUCUAUCUCUGCAUGCUUUGGGUUAUUGUGUGUUUGCAAAGCUAUACUAGCCACUUGUCUACCAUAAUAUGUAGAUACGAUCACGUGCAGAAUAAAACUGUUCUGUGUUAUGCAGGGCUGGGUAGUUCUAUUCUCAAUGUUAGAGGAAUCAUUAACAGUUUUAUUAAACCCACACACACAAAGUUUAUUAAACACAAACCUGAGACUAGAAAAUAUGUACCAGUUCAUAUUACAUAAAUAUUAAACUUUGCCAAGAAAUGUAA